UCGAGGCAAAUCAUGGACCUUGAAAUGAAGUCGCAAUUGCACUUAUUUUCUUUAUUGAUAUUCAUGUUUUGUUUUUUUGCCAACAUGCGCUAUUAAUAUCUCCGUUAAAAGAAAAAAAGCUUUUAGUUUUUCUAACCUGUGAGACUUUAUCGCCAUGUGCCGGCAUCUGUGUGGUCUCGCAGGUAAAAAUAUUUGGGACGCGAUUUUGUCAUGAAAAUGGAGCCGCAUUGUGGUUCCGCUGAGUGUCGUUACGAUUGAAAAUAUCAAAAUGUUUUUUUUUUUUUUUUUUUUUUGAGGCGCCUCAACCCGUGAAAUGGAUGAACUAGCCUUGGAAUCCGGGGAAAUGCAUUUCUCAUGUUUGGGGCCACAAAAAUGCUUUCCAUAUUGCAACGUAACCAUUGAUGAAACGUUGGUACAGAUUCGAACCAAAAUCAUCAAAUUUGAUAGACAUGAUUUGCCUUUGUGGGUCGCAUUGUUGCAUACUUAACCGGGCUGCAAUAGCGCACCGACGUGUUUGGUCUUCUGUUUAUUUGUAUCUGUGCUGUUACUGUACUGUUUUUUUUUUUUUAAGCAGAUAUCUCCAAAAGGCCCCCAAAACCAUAAUUUCCUCCAGAUUCCUGCCGUCUCGCACUUUGGUGGUUUUGGCCCUUCCGACCCAAAUGUCGUCCUCUUGCCUUUCCAAUUGUUUCAACUUUGCCAGCCCAGCAGGCGCGUCCAAAAAAAGAAAAGUCGAAGAAGGCGACGGCCACUCGGGGCUUCCUCACCUUGACUUUAUGAAACGUUGCACCACAUCGGGGAAUUGUUCUUUCUUUGCAGUGCGGCAGACUGGCGACAUUUGAAAAGCUGCCCAUUUUUACACUUUCCAAUCUCUUGCUGAGAACGGGAAUAGAGAAAUCUUCUGCCGGGCCCGGAGCGGGUCGUUUAGCACCGCUCGGGGCUCGCCUCCGAUCCUCAUCAGGUUAAAUAGAUGUGACAAUGUGUGACGGCGUUCACGUUAACAGGAGGUUAUUGUGCACGGUUCCCGAAAACGGGCCGACCGUCGGCGUCAUCCGGAGCCUCGGUUGGCAUUUUUUUUUUUUUUUAAACUCCUGACGGCGUGCGCGCGCGCGCAAACGGUCAGUCUUGUUCUGGCUCUCCUCGUCGGCAACAAAAGUAUUGAUCUUAGUUUUUCCCACAUGUCUUUGUGCCUUUUUUUUGUUACCGGGGUGCAAGCGCCGCCUCGUCGUCGUGGUCCAUUCGGCAAAAUGGAAACUUUUCUACUUGUGCCUUUUCUCCGCGGUCUCGGUUCCCCUUUGCGCUUCUUCUGCUUUCUGUCUCGCAACUCUUUGUGCCUUUUCUGCCACUUGUCGCCGGCGGGACCGUCGCUUGUCGAGGGUGGCGGCCGUGCGCCCCGCUUGUUAGUUUCAGGUGCUAUAAUAAAUGGAUUGAUUCUAAGAGAAAUAUCGUGAAAUGUUAGCACGCUGUGUCAUUUGUUCACACUGGUACGGAGCAGUCACACGUCGAAUGGACCGAUGAGGAUUGAAAGUACUAGCUGGAAAAAUUCAUCCAUUGCUUCUCUAAAGCGGCUGUCCCGGACCUGCGAGAAUCCGGCCACACCUUGACCGGGUCGAAGAUGACGUAGAAACAAACGACCGUUCCCGUUCUCGUUCAACCAAGCGGCGAGGACCCGCAAACUCCGAAGCGGUCGUCCAACGUUACCGCCCCGUAAAGACGUUCUCGUGAGCUGACCUUGAGGUCACAUUUAGGCGAAGUGGCUCCGACCGGGACCAGUCUCGCGCCAGGACAAUUUGGUGCUCUUCAGUGAUGGUGACCUGCCGAACGAAGGCACCCAAAAGAAAAAAAAAAGUCCAGUUCAGUCCAGCGCCCCCCCCCGAACCCGAACCGACUCGGUCCCCAUGACAACUGCGCAGCUUUCCAUUUGCUGACGAUAUGACGCAUCGGGAGAAGCGGCAGGGAGCACGGACGCGCCCGGCGCGUGACCGCGGAAUGACGCAGACGCCUGCGCACGCGCGCCGCCCAUGUUUUGUCGGCUAGCGGCUAGCUUAGCUGGCGUCGUCGUCGUCUUCCUCCUUUCCGCUUCCUCCUCUCGGGCUCGGUUCCGCGGGCAUGUCCUCGGCUCGCCGCCCCGCCUCGAGCCUCAGCCGACGAUGAGCGACCAAAUGUCUCCCGACUUCGUGUUGAUGCGCCUCCUCGUCUCGGCGGCCGAGUACGAGCACCUGGAGCACCUGGAGCACCAGAGGGAACGCGUCACGUCCGGGAAAGGCGGCUUGGAUGUGGACUCCGGCGGGGCCCCGGCGGGCCCGGGCUCGGCCUCCCCGCACUACGGCUCUCCUCUGGAAGGCGGACCGCUGAUGUCGGAGGCCCGACCUGACUCCGAGGACUCGUCGCUGCCGGCGGAGGAGGAGGAGGACUUGGACUUCCCCGGGUCGACCGGCUCGAGGGCGCAGCUGAUGGUGUUCCGGAACCGGAUGUUGGACUUUGGCCUGGAGCAGCCCCCUCCCCCGGAGAGGAAAGAGACGCGGUGGGUGGACUCCUCGGAGUCCGCUUCUGGUUCGGCCGGCGACGCGCAGGAGCGGGACGUCCGCUUCGUCCCGUCUUCCGACGGAGGAUCCCAUCCGUCCGGGUCGGUCCUCUGUCACCCACUUGGUAAGUGGUCCCCGCUGAGCCUGCUGGAAUCCCGGAGCAAUCGUAGCGCCGCCGCCGGCGCUUUCGACCCGGGACCGGACCGGGUAGGAUGCAGGGAAGGCGACGACAGGGGGGCGGCCCCCCUCCCACGCUGCUCUCGUCUCCUGGCGACGGGGCCGGGCGAGGAUCCGAGCCAGACCAGCGACGCCCUGCUGGUCCUGGAAGGUUUGGGGGAGGACGGAGGUGCGGUGGAGGUGGGGACGUGUCGGCGAGCGGGGCCCGUGUUCUCCAGCGGGACCCUCAGCGGGCUAAUGCAGGAGGUCCACAGACUCUCCGGGGUCUGCCCCCGGACCGGCGCCUGUCUCCGAGCCGCCGCCCCGGGCCCGGCCCCGCCGUCGCCCGCCCCUGAACCGCGGCGUCCCCCCCGGCACCAGUCCCGUUCCCAACCUCAGAGCCGCGCCACCACCCCCAAAUUAGGCCGUUCCGCCUCCCCCCGGAUGGUUCUGGAAGGGGACCCGGGCGGUGACAGGGUGCCCUGGGGCAAGCCCGGGAAAGCGGGCUCCCUGAAGCUGCGCCUCAGUAAACUCUUCCGGACAAAGAGCUCCUGCGGGGGCGCGGGGGGCCUCCUGGACAAGAGGCCGUCGCUCACCUCGUCGGACGCGUGGGGGUCGGCCGGACUGUGGGGGUCCGCCUGCGGCGACGCGGAGGACGGCGGCAGGCCGCAGACGCCCACGCCGACGUGCACGCCGCCCUUCACCGGUGAGACGGUCUCCCUGGUGGACGUGGAGAUAUCUCGGAGGAACUGCCUCCACCCUCCGACUCCUCCGCCUCCGCCCAGACGGAGCCUCAGCCUGCUGGAUGAUUUGGGGGCCCCCCCUCCACCGCGGGUCCCUUCGUCCGAGCGCUUCGGCGGGUCGUCGAUCCGGUCUCUGCCCCCCCGCCCGCUGGGCACGCCUCCCCCCCUGAGCGCCGUCCAGCACAGCCGGAGUCUCAACGAUUCUUUCCUGCGGGGGCCGCCCGGGCCCGUCCCCCGCCACGCGCCGCCGCGCCGCCCGCCGGAGCGCCCCGACGGCGGCAACUUCACCAACAGCCUCCGAGAACUGGACAAGUGCGGCUGGUACUGGGGUCCCAUGACGUGGGAGGACGCCGAGGUGAAGCUGAAGGGCAAAGCCGACGGCUCCUUCCUGGUGCGCGACAGUUCCGACCCUCGCUACAUCCUCAGCCUGAGCUUCAGGUCGCAGGGCGUCACGCACCACACCCGCAUGGAGCACUAUCGAGGGACCUUCAGUCUGUGGUGUCACCCCAAGUUCGAGGACCGCUGCCAUUCGGUGGUGGAGUUCGUCGAGCGCGCCGUCGCCCACUCCGAGAACGGAAAGUUCCUCUACUUCCUGCGCUCCCGGGUUCCAGGUUGCGUUCGCAGGUCUGCCGCCCACGCCGGUGCAGCUGCUGCAUCCCGUGUCGCGCCUGAGCAGAAUCAAGUCCCUGCAGCACCUGUGCCGCUUCCGCAUCCGCCAGCUGGUCCGCGUGGACCACAUCCAGGAGCUGCCGCUGCCCACGCCGCUGAUCGCCUACCUGCGCAAGUUUUACUACUACGACCCCGAGGAGGAGGCCGGCGACACGCCGACGUAGCGAAGGGCGACGCGUCGUCCAACGCGAGUCGGAGCGACGUCGCUCCUGGAUGAAGUUGAAGCCGGCCAGCCAAUCGGCUCCCUCGCCGCGCGGCUCCUCUGAGUUCCGCCGAGGUCGGCGGGAGAACAAGAACCGCUCGUCUUCUUCCGCCGCCCCCGCCGCCGUGUUUUGGCGAGGACGUUUUCCGUC